CCCAUUUCUUAUAUCUUCUUUCGAGAGACACUGUUUUGUCAAUUUUAUUUUUUUAAAAAGAAAAACCAUUAGACCUAUUUUAUUAACAUGUUUUGAUUGACUUCGUAUUAACAAUAGCCAUAUUUAAAAGAUAAAACGCUUAUGCAACUGUUGAGUUGCCUUUGUAUGAUUGGUGCAUAUUUUUAGAUUCACUAAUUACAGAUCGAUCACGUUUCCCCAAAAGUUAAUAGUUCUGUUUUCUGAACGUAGUCCAUCAAACGUCAAUCGUUGUUUUUCGCGCGUGGAUAUAGUAGGUUGACAUUUUGAAGCGUCCAAGGGUAUAAAAUGUAAACUGAUCAUAUUAAACGGAAUUUGUUUCCGUUUCAUCUUAUCAGUUUUGUUAAUAAAACCGUCAAGUGUUUAUAUUCUAUCGUGUACGAUGCGAAUGAAAAUUUUAAGAAACUACGUUUAUUAUUUGAAAACAAGUGGAACUUGCGUAGUGGUACUAGGAAGUUGCUGGUUCCUGUAUCAACUACGACAGCUAUCACAAAUUGUUCGGUCCGCUGUCAACAUAAAUGUUCUAAACUUGGAACAAACGCAUGCACAGUACAUUUAUAUUGAUGAUCCUAGAUUUAAAGAUGUGUUUAUGUUUAAAAAAGAUGAGGACUUACAUGGGUCUGGAUUGGAGAAACCACAGAAUCUUAGUGAGAUUCAAAACUGGUGGAAUAAAAAUCAUAAAAUUGCAUAUAAAUUAUUGUACAUGGCACAUGGGGAUAAAACAGAACGAUUCAAAGCUGUGACUGCUCUUAGUUCUUUAUUACACUUAAAAGAUUGGCAAUAUCGUCAUUUGGCACAGAUGUUGGAUGCUAGAACAGCAGUAGCCCUUGCAAGAAUGUCAAAUGUUAAUCUACAUAUCUUUCUGCAACCACCGUAUUAUCAUGUACAAUAUAACUUACAUGAUAUAUUAGGACAAGUACAUUUACUGCUAUUACAUUUGAAUACUUUAUGUGAUAAUGCACAUCUCUGUCUUACACAGUUCCUUAGUAAGAAAUUCAAAGACUCAAAUCGAUAUCUUGUAGAGUGGUUUGAUCAUGAUUUGACAAGCGUAGGCCUUUCAACGGACUCAAAAAUUGUCUGGGAUGACGAAUUGCUUAAAAGUUGUGUUCAAGCAAUCUGCCAUCAUUCCUCUGUGGAACAGUAUAGUAAACACUUGGUCAAUGCUGGAGCUUUGCCAAUAUUAACGGCAAUACAAAAGAUGUAUAGCGAUGACAUUGAAAUUUGCAUAUUACUCGCGAAAAUAUUAUCCAAUUUAUCUCUUCACUCCGAGUAUUUAAACAGUAUUUAUGAAUCUGGGUGGAUCGGCAUAUUGUCACGUUGGUCCCGCAGCGACGAUAUUCGUCUGUCAGCACAGGCGAUCAGUGCAUUAGCGAAUUUAGAUACGGACGGAAACGAGGGAGCGAAAUAUCCGCAAAGUGUUUAUCUUCUUCAUCCUCUGCACAGAAUUCAUGCAGCCACGAAGAUGGAUGUUGUAUUUCUACAUGGACUGCUAGGUGGAGUUUUCGUUACCUGGAGGCAACGCGAUGUAGAUACUUCUGCACUUGAAGUUACAGAUGCCAAUACAUUAAAUCAAAGUACGGAUUAUUUAUCUGCUAUGAUUGAUGAUGAUCGUCCUCAGGAAUUUUUUAAAGACUUAGCACGUGAUUUGCACUUACGUGAAUGGAGAAAACUGGGCCAGGAUUUUGAAGUGGUAUUGGAUGAUUGUCCGCUAAACACAAAUGUUUGUGCACACGGACCUUACUUUUGCAGAGGGGAUGAUGCCUGCAUGAAAAAUAAUUGCCAAUCUAUGUCUAAAUCACUAUGUUGGCCUAAAGACUGGUUACCUAUAGACAUACCAUCUUUAAGACUUAUUGGUAUUAAUUAUGGUACGAGUUUGUCUAUGUGGACUCCUUUCUGCCCAAUAGAAAGUGAGAAAAAUACAAUCAAAGAGAGGAGCGAAGAAUUUGUUACCAAAUUAACAAUGGCAAAUGUGGGACAGCGGCCACUUAUAUGGGUCACUCAUUCAAUGGGUGGAUUGUUAGUUAAAAAAAUGCUUGUAGAAGAGUGGAAAACGGGAGAUAAACACGGUAUUUGCAAGAAUACCAAAGCUAUCGUAUUUUACGGUACUCCUCAUCGAGGUUCUCAUGUGGCAGCUCUAAAACAAACGACGCAAAUGUUGGUGUGGCCAACAGUUGAGGUUCAAGAAUUGCGCGAAGAAUCGCCACAAUUGUUGAGAUUGCACGAGGAGUUCCUAGAAAUGUUGAAGAAAUAUCACAUAGAGAUUGUGAGUUUCGCCGAAACCAAACCUACGCUUGUAACGACGCUAAAAUUUCCCUUUCAAUUCGUCAGCCUUAAUUCAGCAGAUCCUGGCAUAGGGGAAUUCUUCGAGAUUCCACAGGAUCAUUUAUCAAUAUGCAAACCAGCUAGCAGGCAAUCGUUCUUGUACCAAAAACUUUUGAGCGUGCUCAAACAUCAUGUUAAUCAUCAGGAAAAAACGACCAUCUCGUCAAUUGGGAACUUAUUUUCACUGGAUAAAUUAUUUUAGUAAAAUAAAUUGGCAUCAUAUAUAUCGCUGGAUGGAGUGCGAUCAAUUAUACAUAUUAUCGAUUAUUUAUUAUUCUGACUAGAAUAAAUAAAUUCAUAUUAAAGUGAAUAAAAGAUAAAGUACAACAAUGAAUUCUCAAUGACAAUUUUUGCGUAGUAAUGUGUGAACACAAAGUAUUAAUAUAUGUAUGAGAAUACAAAAUAACAAAUUCAUAUAUUUAAAAUGCGAAGGUGUAGUGUUGGAUCUCGUAUCGCAAGAUAUUACGAUAUGCACAUUAUUAGAAAAACAGAAUAUAUAUUCCAGGAUCUCGUAACUGUUUAUCCGAGACGUUGAAUAAAUUAAAUGAAAUCCA